CCCCACCUUAACCAGCCAGGCAUCCCUCCUUCACCAAGAUAUCCUCGUCCGCGUCACCAAUAAACCACGAAACAUACAACGUGUUAUAUUCAUUUCAGGUGUUUGUCUCAUACGGUUUGAUAUAUGAAGAGAGCAGGAACUACUUAUUUGACGAAAUUUGGGCAACUUCAAAGGAGCUAUAACUCGGCCGAAACACUAUUCGCUGGUAGGUCAGCCUGUCAAAGUCGACAUCGUUGGCUAGUUUCAACCCACUUUCUGCUGCGCUGGACCGGACCUGAUAGUUUUAAACCGACCCAAACAACCUCAGCUCAUAAAAUCUUGUAGUCAGGCCAUCCGUUGCCCAUCCAGGUUCGAAUCACACAACAAACACUUUACACAGGCCCAUAUACUCACAACUUGGUUAUCCAGUUCCCGACGGUGCGGUUCCUGAAGGAGUCGAUGAAAGAGUAGCCAACUGGCUUGAGGACCAUCCCGACUCGGCCGAAGACAUGGCUACCAAUACCCCGCCACGAGAGGCAGACGCAGGCAGUCUCACAGAUUCUACAUACGAGUUUGUCGACGACGAUACCGAGAGCAGAGAUGGGAACGCAACUGAAUCUGUAGCCUCAGCUGACUACUGCCGCCCAGAUGAUGUUACGAGCCUUGCCGACACAGAGAACAGCUUCGACGACACCGAAUCCGAGAAGAGCCAUGCCACAGGUGAUACACCCGGUCUUGAUAGCAAUAACGAGGAAGCAGAAGCGCAAGAGAUCGGCCAGAGUGCAGAGAGCUUUCUCCAGACUACCACAGGAACUUCAGACCAGCCGAUCAUAUUUGAGGAGCCACAAGCCCACCGUGGUCCGAUAAUCGCCAGCCUUCCUAUCAAAGAUCUCUCCGAGGAUGAGAUUAAAGCGAUAACUCCAUACUUGAAACUCCGUGGUAACCGGGUGCCAGAUCGGAUAUCAGCUAGCCUCAGCCAGACUAUGAUGAGCACGCGAAUAUUGACAACUGUUGUGCCCUUGAGAAUCUUGUAUGUAGGCAGCCGUGGCGCGAUGCAUGAUAUUAUUCGCAAGAUUGGAAGUGCUGUUGCCGCCUACAUGGACAGCGACCCGUCAUCAAGCAGCUCCUCGGCGACAUUUUAUAACGUCAUACCAGUGAGUGACUUUGGAUCGCACCAUGCACCAGAGAUCGAGUUGAUGCCUUCCUCUGGCUGGAACUUCCAGGUUGAGGAAUGCUUGAAAGCAGUUAACUUCCCUGCUGAAAGUACACAAGGAAAGGAAGGUAUUCUGGAGUUGACGCUUGAUAAAAACACAUACCGCUCUGUGCCUCAAAACGGGGAAUUCCAUGUUCAGCCAAAAUGGGAGCUACCUCACCUCUCGAUCUUCUACUGCUCGGAAAAUGAUACGGAAGAAAUGCGUCAGACACGGAUGGCAGCUAGCGAAUUUACCAGCAGGCACAACAUUGCACAGAUUUUCAUCACUCACAAACCAAUGCUUGAGAAGCCACUCGAGUGGGAAAUCCCACUUGGGCACCACCCCAUUCACUUGUCACUGGAAGCCAUGUUCUCAUCAAGCAUGCCAAGAGGAACUGUCCAUCUCAGAAUGCCAAUUGAUUUGGCAUCUUUCAUGAGCAUUGAUGCUCGUCAGAUGAACAAGAACUUGGCUUAUAUCACAUUCCGGGCUAUGACGGAGCAAGGAGAGACGUCUGAAGCCGCUGGCUCCUCUGGAUCCAAAGUUGUCCGCCAGAUCCCUAAGACUACUCCCGCGGUCAAAGGACUUACCAACGUAAAGGCCACUAACUCACGAAAUGUCUCCCGAUUCCUGACGGGGCUUGGAUGGAGAGACUUGGUACCACUCGGCUUACUGAUUACCGGGAUUCUGGCAUCCAUUUUUGCAAACUUCUACAGCUUCAAACCGAUGCCUGCAAAUCUGGUGUCGAUCAAUGGAAAUCUGACUUCCACACAUCCGUCGCCAGUUACCGUCAUUACCUCCACAACCACCACGGAAUCGGCAGUAAUUAGCGGUAGCGCAUCAUAUACUGCUCGAGUUCAGACAAAGACCAUUAUCAAAACGAUUGAUGUGGAGGAGGUUCGCUCCAGCUCAACAAGCAUAUCCCUUGUCCAAUCUAAGGACGUUAGUGCCGUCGCCGAACCCUACGAUGGCCAUACGAUGGUAUGCACUGCUGAACGUCUCGAUGAUCAGGAAGUCCUCAUACGCAUCCCAUCUGCCACGAAGCUGAGUUGGCUUGCAAAAGAGGCCAUGCUUGUCAACGUCACACGCAACAACGAAACCGUCGACAUAGAGCGCGUAUACAGCUCACACUACGGAAUUAUCCUCCAUUUUGCCCGCCACGAGGCCCACGGAAAUCUCCAGAUCUCAGUCAUCACAACCAAGCACCCCAAGAUUAACAGGAUCCUCCACGUUGAUCUUGGGUCAUCGUGGACCCGUGGCUUCCACGAGACCCUAGACAAGCUUUGCCAGCGCGUCUAUGACGACGUUCUCCCUAAAGACUUCAACCUUGAUGAGACGCUCACACGUAUCGAUGAGUGGCGCAACCAAGCCGUCCUCCACGCUCAGUUCCUUGCUCACAUUGGCCGCCAACAGGCCGAGGUGCAAGGAGCGAGAGCUGCGGAGGCGGGGCGCGAACUAGCAACGCAAGCUAUAACCACUGGGGUAGAGCUUGCAGAUCGUGUGCGUGAGCCGCUUGGAGCUGCGCUGCUGAAGGCACAGGUGGAUAGCAGAGCACAGUGGCUGCGCUUGACAGGACGAGUUGACGAGGCCAAGGAGUACCAGCGAAAGGCCAGCGAGGCAGGGGUUACUACUGGAAAGUGCUCUCAGAAUACCUGUGGGUGGUUGGGACGGAAGGUGACGAAGGAAGCAGUGAAGGAGAAGGAGAAGCCGAAAGACAAGGCUAAGCCAUUGAGGGAUUCGCUAAAGGAGCAGAAGGAACAGAAGGAGACGGAGGCACGAAAGGUUGUGUUCAAGGCGCGUAUCGCGGAGAAGAAGAAGGAGACUAAAGCUCGGAGGGACGUGUUGAAGGAGCGCAAGGCAAGCCGGAAGACUUGUAGUAAGAAGCGGAAGGCAUGCAGGUCGAAGCGUUAGAGGACGGAUGGAAGCGACUAGUGUCGCUGAUGUUGCUGGAGAUUCGUGAGCUUUGAUUUUUAUUUUUUUGCCAGAUUAAGGGGGGAUGAGAGUCUCUGCUUCUUACUCGAGAGAUGGCGUAGGUAGGACGUACGUACUCAGUCAGGUACUUUGUUAUAGUUACGUGCAGUGCUAGGAAUUAACAAG